CUUUAAAGAAAAACCACCACCAUCUAGAUUACAAGACAAAACCAUACUUGUCUAUCCUUGUACAGCUCUACAUCAUCUUUGGAUUAUUUCUUAAACUUUCAAAACUCAAAAAAAAAUUCCAUAUCUUUGUCCGAUUUAUCAUCCCCACGGAUUCUCCGUCACAACGUUUGUUGGUUGUGACAUCGUGACAACCUCUCUCUCCUGUCCAGCCGUUGGAUUUCAUAGGAAUGUUCAUCGGACGGUUGUUAUUUACAGCACAAAAAACACAUUUUUCCAUUCUCGAGCUAGUAUGUUUUGUUUUUGAAGGAAUCUGAAACCCAAACUUGGGAAGAUGAUUACGUACACGCCCAACUUUUUGAGUAAGAAAUUGAAAAUACGGUUAAAGUAGAGGAUCCGGUUCGGUUCCAGACCGGGUUGUUCUGACUGACAAUAUAAAUAAAUAUACUCCAAUAUGGAGAAAAAAACAGAGACUCAAAACAGAGAAGAUUGACUUUGAAGUUGAAGAAUACUGGACUGUUAUGGAUCAAGCUCCAGAGCCCAUGAUUUCUGACCGGGUGAUAAUCAAUGGGGUCGUUAAACCCAUGACUCUUUCCGCUGAAGGUCAGCUCCGGUGGUCGGAUCGUUCUCUGGACGUGGAAAAGGAGGUUCUGGGUUUUGCAGUUGAAGGUUCCAAGAUUAAAAUCAGGUCUGUUGUGGAAACUUCUGCUGGAUUUUGCUGCGGUGAUAGCAGAGGUUCUCUGACUAGAAAAAGCUUCAACUUUGAACCUUCUUCCCUUGAUUCUUUGCGGGUUUGGUGCGAAAAGCUCCAACAGUACAUCGAUUCUCUCGGUCGACCCAAGAGACUGUUUGUGCUUGUGAAUCCGUAUGGAGGGAAGAAAUUCGCUUCGAAAGUCUUUAUUGACGUUGUAAAACCACUUAUGGAGGAUGCAAAUAUUGAAAUCACAGUACAAGAAACUAAGCACCAGGGACAUGCAAAGGAGGUAGCUUCCACCUUGGAGCUAGCUAAGUACGACGGUAUUGUUUGUGUUAGUGGGGAUGGAAUUUUAGUUGAGGUAGUAAAUGGAUUGCUUGAAAGGAGUGAUUGGAAUAAUGCCAUAAGGAUGCCUAUUGGCUUAGUGCCUGCAGGAACUGGAAAUGGAAUGGCAAAGUCUCUUUUGGAUUCAGUUGGUGAACCUUGCGCACCAGCUAAUGCUGUUCUUGCAAUAAUUCGAGGGCAUAAGCGUUCACUGGAUGUUGCUACCAUCUCUCAGGGGCAUGCCAAAUUUUUCUCCGUGUUGAUGCUUGCUUGGGGUCUGGUGGCUGAUAUUGACAUUGAAUCUGAGAAGUAUAGAUGGAUGGGUAGCGCUCGCAUUGACUUCUAUGCCAUUAAACGAAUAUGCAGUCUGAGGAAGUACAAUGGCGCCAUAAAGUUUGUUCCUGCUCCGGGUUAUGAGUCUUAUGGAGAAGCUGUUAAUGACGAAGUUGGAGUGGCUACCAGCGAUAGUGAAUCUGUCAAGGCUCAUGGCUAUGGCUAUCAAGGUCCGGAUCUUGACAUAAAGAAUCUUAGUUGGCGGAAGAUUAGUGGCCCAUUUGUUUCAAUCUGGCUUCAUAAUGUACCAUGGGGAGCUGAAGAAACCAUGGCGGCACCAGAUGCCAAGGUUGUCCUCUCUUCUUUCUAUGAUUAGACUGAUUUCUGAGGUUGAUUGUGUUUAUUCGAAGGUUAGGCAUUGUAGGGAGAUGGACACGUGGCUGGGAAUUUUUAAACUCAAACUGCGGUUGUAGUUAUUUUACUACUUUUUCCUCGCCGAAAACUGAAAAAAGUUGUGGCUACCACAUUUUUAACUUCAACUAUAUCUCUAUGUGACAUUAAUUUACCAGUUGUUUCAACUUCUACUAACAGUUUUUCCAUGGUUGGUCAUAUAGUUUUCGGAUGGCUAUUUGGAUUUGAUUAUGUUUAGAGACUGCACAAAGUUGGGGUUACUCUCGCUGAUGACGGAAAUGAACAAUGGAGGUCAUGUUAAAUCACCAUAUGUCCAGUACCUCAAGGUGAGUUUCCUGUUUAUAUUGAGAGUCAUUUGUCUGCUUUGGAAAAAUAAUGUUUGAACAUGAAGUCGUUCUAGGUUUCAAAACAGCAAUGCAGUAAGAGUUGGGUUUUUUUUUUUUUGGGUGGUUGUUGUUUGUUAAGAAGUUCUGUUCAAUUUAGAGUUUGCUUUGUCCUGCAUUAGCAAAUGUUCCUUCUACUCAGUCUAGUCUUUGCACUUCUAUUCAUUUCGUGAAGAGUGCAACUUAAACCAUCUGAAGACCUUAUCCAGGAAAGGGGGUACAAAAGAUAUAUUAGCUUAUACUAGUGAGUAGCAUAUGGCAUUUAAUAAGAUAGCUGAGAUUUUGGUGGUAUUCCAGAGCCAUGUAAAAGAACCUCAUGAGGGUGGUAAUUGGGUUGUGUUCCAUAGGUUGGAAGUUGGAAAAUUCUUGUGAAACAUAGUUCAACGAGUCAAGAUUGACAUCGUAGGUUGAGUUUCAGUUUCCGCCCUGGGUUUGUGCUACCCAUAUUUAUUUCCAUUGCUAUGAAUGUUUAAUCGUUUGAGUAAGCAGGUUGUGUCUUGUCAAAGAUUGUCACCCCAUGAUGGGAUGGUUAUAAUUUUUUGCACCACCAAAUACAGGUAAAAGCUUUCAUUUUGGAGCCUGGAACACUCAAUUCCGAUCCAGCCAGGGAAGGCAUUAUCGAUGUUGAUGGCGAGGUUCUGGCGAGGGGGAAAGGAACAUAUAAAUGUGAGCAGAAGGCAUUAAUGGCAUAUGACAAGCUAUUCAUCAAGGUUGAUCAAGGAUUGGCAACAUUAUUUUCUCCUGUUUAGCAUAAUUUUGCCCUUACAUAUGAGUUCGUAUCACAUUGUUUAGUUAACACAGAUCACAAAUGUAGUGUGUGUUUUUCCUGGCGAUCCAUCUACAGAUAUACUCUCUCUGUUCCAAAACAAUAGUCCAUUUUAAGUUUUCAGAUUUUUACUAUUUUUAAUGUAAAUUUCAAAAUGUAAUGUGGAUUAUUUCUUUGGAAUAGAGAGAGUAUUUAUUUGGGGAGAUUCUCAGGAAGUAUAGUUCAAAGACCAAAAGUAUUGUUCUUGUAAUUAGUUCAUGAUGAACUCUUUUUAGCAAUGAAAACUUUUAUUCUCAUCCCAGC